AAGGAAAAGGUCUGUGGGCCCACGCACGAGGCUCUUUUCGUCAGGGCUUUCAUCCUCCCCCGUUUUGACUGGACUGCCACGACGAGUGCAGUCGAACGAGUGUGUAAAAAUACGAAUUUGACUCCCCAAAGUGUCUGCUCGAGCCGGGGGAGCUGAUUCGAGGUGAGCUCCAAGUUUUUACUCGACUUUUCCCAAAUUUCCACACUCUGUUGGUACGAAGAGUGGAAAAAAAUGGAAAGAGCUUCGAAAACUUGGAAGGAGCUCCGAGCAUGUGAGUAAUUCGUCGGAUGCGAUGACGCGAUGCUGAGGAAAUCCCGGGCAGGAAUUUUCCGCCUCGAUCAUCGCAUCAGAAGAGAAAAAACCGCAUGCAAAAAGGAAAAUUCAGUGGCUCGGUCGGUUUAUAAAAACAAGAAGGAAACUCCGAAGCUAGUGCAUUCUGGCGAGGCUCCUUCAUGCGCGCGGGUUUCAAAAAACCUGAAAAAAUUUUUGUUUCCUUAAUUUUAAGUAAAAAUUCAAAAUUUUACAAAAUUUUCGACACUCUGCGAAACUAAGUGAGAAACGCAAAUGCUCUUCGCUCGCCAAGCCCUUCUCAGCUCCAUUGCUCUCGCCUUAGUCGUCCGAUCGACCGGACAGAUCGACGAGCUUUCUUGGCACGUUGAAAAUUCGGGGUUGAGCGAUGAUCUCGUGCCGACGUACAGGACGCCGGUCGAGCGUGGGCUCCAGUCGCUCGCUGCCAUUUUCGACGGCGUUUCAAAAACUUAUUCGAGAAACAGUGGAAACGGGGUCGCUUCAUUUUUCAAUAAAUUCGCACCAAACAGCCUGAAAAGUGCGCUCACACCCAGCGGCGAGAGGGCUGUCAGAGGCUUCGGUGAUUGGCUCAACCGUUUUGCCGGCCGAUUCCACGCAGUUUAUCCAGGAACUUAUUGGUGCGGUGCCGGAAAUAUCGCGAGUGACGAAAACGGCGUUGGACUUUUCAGGAAAACCGACGCGUGUUGUCGCGCCCAUGACCAGUGUGGACUCAACAUCGAAGCGGGAAAAAGUCUCGGCCGGCUCCUUAAUAGCGGGGGAUUCACGAGAUCCGCAUGUUCCUGCGACCUCGAUUUUUACAACUGUUUGAAAAACGUCAAAAGUCCAAUUUCAAUGAAAAUCGGAUUCACGUAUUUCAACGUUCUCAGACCACAGUGUUUCGGCUUUGAUCAUCCGAUCGAAAAGUGUUCCCAGUACGCAAAGAAAAGAACGAUGAAGGCAAAAUGCAUUAAAUACGAUUUGGACCGUUCGAAAAAUAAGAGGCUCGAGUGGUUCGACACUCCGGACUUUUUGGACUGAAAAAACACUUUUGACUUUUUGCCUAGGAGAAGAAAACAGAAAAUAUUUUCUGAUCACUGCCAACGAAUGAGAAAAAACCAAUUUUUCCAAUCAUUUUCGUCAAAAUUCUCAACCGACGUUGCUUUUUGAGCUUCGGGCCGACGAAUUACCCAACUUUGGAGUUUUGACAACGUUUUCCUUGGGGCCACAUCACGUUGAGGAAAGAUUUUCUCGAUACCAAGUGGCCUCGUCCAAUAUUUCAUAACUGAAAAAACAAUGUAACGAUAUUAACUUUGAAAAUAAUUAAACAAAUAUUUAACGUAGCGUUAUACUUGAAGCUUCGAACAGGCUCGUGGCCUCUUAGUUUCACACUGGCAAGUUACAAAAUUCGACGACGUUUGACUAAUCAAACAUCGAAAUAUUGUGAGCGAAUGAACGUCAUUAUCAGACAUUCAUGAACAUAAAAAACCGUUUCAAUGAGACAAAAAUGUCUCAUUGUUCAAAGAGCAACGAAACUCGUUUGGAGCAAUAAACUUGAAAAUACCUGAA